AUGGGCAUGGUGACGGCGCUGAUGGACGGCGAGGUCGGCGCUCUCGUCAAGGUCUCCGCGGCGGUGUGGGUGGCGAUGUCGUACGCCCGCCUCGCCGCGGCGCGUCUCCGGCCAGGCGCGCCUCGUCUACUGGCGCUCCUGCCCGUCGUCGCGCUCCUCUGCGCGAUCCCCUUCGCCUUCUCGACGUCCACGUUCCGGGGCACCUCGGGCUUCUUCCUCGCCUGGCUCGGCUCCUUCAAGCUGCUCCUCCUCGCCGCCGGCAUUGGGCCCCUCGACCCUUCCCUCCGCCUCUCCCACUUCGUCUGCUCGGCCUCCCUCCCCGUCAAGCUCCGGCGGCAGUCCAAAGAGAAGAGCCAAGCUCCCGCCCGUGGCCCGGCGAGGAUACUCCUCUCCGGCGCCGUCAUCCCGGGCGUCAUCUACGCGUACCAGUUCAAGAGCUCGAUGAGCAGGUACCAGCUCCUCGUCCUCUACACCUUGCACAUCUACUUCUCCCUGGAUCUCCUCCUCGCCACCGUCCACACCGUGAUACACGACCUGCUCGGGAUGGAGAUGGAGCCGCAGGUGGACCGUCCUUACCUGGCCUCGUCGCUGCGUGACUUCUGGGGCCGGCGGUGGAACCUCAUGGUGCCGUCCAUCCUCCGGCCGUCGGUGUUCCGCCCCGUCCGCGCGCGCCUCGGCAGCGCGGCCGGCGUCCUGGCGACGUUCCUCGUGUCCGGCCUCAUGCACGAGCUCAUGUUCUACUACAUCAUGUGGAGCACGCCGAGCGGCGAGGUGACCACCUUCUUCCUCCUGCACGGGGCGUGCGCGGCCGCCGAAGGUUGGUGGGCGUCGCAUGCCGGGUGGUGGCGCCCGCCGCGGGCCGCCGCCGUGCCGCUCACGCUGGCCUUCGUGGCCGGGACGGGGUUCUGGCUCUUCUUCCCGGCCAUGGUCAAGGGCGGCCUUGACGAGAUGGUGCUGCAGGAGUGCCAGGGCAUGGUGGUGCUCAUGGAGCAGGCUGCCCGGCGGCUCGCCGGCGCCACAGAUCUCGUCUCGUCAACCAUGUGA